AUGUUCCGCAACCACAUCACCCGCUCUGAGUUGAGUCCCAUUGAAGGAAUCAUGGGAUCAGAGAAUCGUAAACAGAUCACAUUCGAGCAAGAACAACCACUAGCUUCUUCGAAAACACUCAACGCAUUCCAAAUGCCGGCGGGAGACCAUGCUUUUUUAUUCGAUAUUCCCCUCCCAAGUAAAGUCUUCAACACAGCGACUGGUGCAAACCAUCAAUAUCACACAUAUCGCGUAGAGGCUAUCAUCGAGCGACGCCUCAAAAGUGAUUUCGUGGUCUCGCAACCAGUUAGGAUUUACCAGGUUUCCGAUUUGGAGACAAGUUAUUUAAGACCGCACUGCCCACUGACUCUCGAGGGUCGCUCUGACCAAAAUGUUCAAUAUUGCCUCUCCAUCACUGACCGGAAUGUUCCCUUUGGUUGCACAUUCCCUGUGGAAUGCUGGUUUGCACCCCUAAUGAAAUACGCCAAGCUCAACACCGUUACGAUCGAAGUUAUUGAAAAGCAAACUGCGCGGUUGGACGCUACUGCUGCAGAAUCAGCGCAACACAACAUGCGGUUUAUCACUGCAGCACAAAGUCAAACUGUUUUCUCCAAGGCCAUCGAUUUCUCUCGAGAUGAGUCUCCGGCGGAUGACGACUUUGAGAUUGAAUGGCGCUUUACCACGCCCGUCUCCCUGCCUCAGAGUCUCGAUGCUUGCUCGCAGACUAUCUCGACCAAACACCUCAAGAUCACUCAUGACAUUUCUAUCACUGCUGAGUUCUGUGAUGACUCGGGCGAUGUUACAGCUGUGAUCACGGAAGUUAUGCCAUUCAAAAUUUAUAUGACACCAAAUGUGAUUGGAGUUGAUGCAUCCAUUCAUGGGCAAGAUAUCCAAAUCAUACAGGGAAGCCAAAGUCCUCCUCCGGCUUACAGCGAUUGCUUUUCCGACUUGAUCGUGUCGGCAGCUACUCAACUAAAUUUCUGUGAGGAUCCGAUGCUAGCGGAGAUCAAUUCUGUGCGUUCGUCAAGUGAACAAAGUGCGAGUAUUCACACCAUGGAGCCGGCUCCCCGAUACGAACAGGUCGUAUAG